ACCCAGAUUUUGACAGUUAAUUAAUGCGACACUAUGCUUAAAAAUGGAGCGCUGGUCGCCUUUCUUCUAUCCCUGUGGUUGAGUGAAGCAAUUAUGGAAACAAUAUAUACUAGCCUCAACGUUACUCCAAUAGUUGAAGUAUCAGUGCGUGAAGGUGGCUGCUAUUACAAUGGAACCACGUUUUAUGGGCUACAUUAUUCGGAGAACCCAUGCCGAAGACUGUCAUGUAAUCCACAGAGCAAGAUUGUCGUGAAAAUGGAGUGUGGAGAUCCUGCGGAAGGCUGCUUUUUUGACGGUGGCAGAUGGUUCCCCGAGUGCUGUAGAGUCCGUUGUCCUAAGCUGAGUAUUUGUGUCUUAAAAAAUGGCACGUUGAUGAAAAGCGGAGACGUUAUUAACUCAUCAAAUCCAUGCUUGCGCUACAUGUGCAAUCAAGGUUUCCUGUUUACGCAGAAGUGCCCAGUGCCAUCGGAGUCCUCAUGUGCCGCCUCUUACACAAAUACAAGCGUGCCUUACCCAGACUGCUGUGGCUUGCAGAGAUCCUGUGUCGGUUGAAAGAUUGGAUGCUAAAUCGAACAUCGACAGGAAUAGAAAUAAAGAAAUGCUACAAAAAAUGUAAGCCCAUGUAUCAACGACAGCAGUGUUUACAUCAUACGGUUGCAGUAGUGCGCUAUAUUUUUGCAAAAUAACUGAGAAAUGCACUAUUCACCCAAAAAGGCACUUUGAAAGUAUGAUUCGUUUAAUGAACUACAUUCGAGAAUAAGCACAGACAAGUAUCGUGAACGAAACCUGAAAUGUCGAUCCAAUUUCGACCAGUUUUUUUUCUUCAAAAUACUGGUUCAACGCUGGACGUUCGAAACAUCUUAUACGAAAAUGGGCAUGUAACAUUUUGGCAUGCUCGUGUUGACAAUAAAGCAAUGCUGGUGUGGUGCAA